UUCUCUCCUUCCUUCAAUACCGCAACAGAAAAUAAUUUUAAAAAACCCAAAACAAAUACACCAAAAAUCUGAUCCGCAUUUCUCAAAUCAGUUCUCACAUCUCUCUAUCUUCAUUGGAAACAUGUCUUUGAUUCUCCACGAAAUCUUCGAUCCAUUUCUUUCUAUGAUUAACCAAUGUCCUGUUUUAAAUACCCCCACUGACUGGAAAGAGACUCCGGCUGCUCACAUCUUCAUCGCGGAUUUGCCCGGGUUGAAGAAAGAUCAGGUCAAGGUAGAGGUGAUGGAGGAUGGUGAUGGACGGCUGCUGCAGAUAAGCGGAGAUAGAGGAGACGACGCUACUGCCGGUAAUGACAAGAAAAACGAUGAGAGUAGUGGUCAUAAAUGGCGUCGUGUGGAGCGUUGCCGGGGGAAAUUCUGCAGGAGGUUCCGACUGCCGGGGAAUGUGAAGGCGGAUGAAGUGAGGGCGGCGAUGGAGAACGGAGUUUUGAGAGUGACGGUGCCAAAAGAGGAAGUGAAGAAGCCGGAGAAGAAGGUGAUCGAGAUUGAAACACUGUAGGAGCUUUGGGUCAAAGUUUGACUUCUUUUUUCUUUUCUUGUGCUAAGAAUGUGUAUUAUGCAUGAUGGUGUGGCGCAGUAUCUGAUCAAUAUGUUUGUAUUUCGUUUUCCUUUCUUUUUUCAAAAGAGAAAAUUGUGUGUGAAAUUAAGAAGUAAAUAAAUAGAGUCGCUUAUAAUAUGGAUAAUGAUCUUA